GAGGGCGCCUUUUCUCGGCACCACCUGAACAUCCCCUCCUCAUCUGCGGAGUUCUCAUCUGAAACGCAAAGGUGGUGGACUUUUCUUGCCAGAGAAGUCAAGCGCCACUUUGCCACCCGACUCUUGUGCGUCGGAACCGCUAUUAGUGUGACACAACCGGCGCCGCACUUUUGAGAAGUCUCGUAGCGUGCGCGCCCCGCUUGUCCACCAUGCAUCCAUCAGCCAGGCAGAUUUUUUGAUUAUUAUUAUUUAUUUAUUUUAUUUUUUUGUGUGUGUCAUUAUUAAUUGUUUGAAGAGGGGCCCGAAUUAACCAUAGUGGCCGCGUAAACGCAACGGACUACUGUGCGUCGGAGACGAAACGAAGAUGCGGGUAGAUCUGGGAAAGCUCUGCGCGUGGAAUGUUCGUCUUUUAUUACUUUCCGCAACUCUGACUUAUUCUAUAACUGAUGUUGGAUGCUCACACCAAAGCAUCCCUCCGUCUGUAGUGAAGCUCUGGGCUUCAGCAUUUGGUGGGGAAAUGAAGUCAAUUUCUGCAAAAUAUUCAGGCUCCCAGCUGCUGCAGAAGAAAUACAAGGAGUUCGACAGAGCUGUGCAUGUGGAAGAGAUUGAUGGACUGCGCCUCGUGAAGAGACUGGCAGAGAACAUGGAGGAGAUGUUUCACAAGAAAGCCCAGGCAAUGAAGAGACUUGUAGUGGCUGCAGAAGAAGCCCACCUGGAGCACGAGGAGGAUCCAGAGCUGCAGUAUGAGUACUUCAAUGCAGUGCUUAUAAAUGAAGUGGACGAGGAGGGGAACAAUGUCGAGCUGGGAGGAGAAUUCAUUCUACAACCCAAUGACCACUUUAACAACUUGUCAGUCAACGUGAGCCUCAGCGUGGUCCAGGUGCCAACUAACAUGUAUAACAAGGACGCUGCUAUCGUUAAUGGAGUGUACUGGUCGGAAGCCUUAAAUAAAGUGUUUGUGGAUAACUUCGAGAGAGACCCAUCCCUCAUAUGGCAGUAUUUCGGUAGUGCCAAAGGUUUUUUCAGACAGUACCCAGGGAUCAAAUGGAAACCAGAUGAACACGGAGUUAUUGCUUUUGACUGCCGCAACAGGAAGUGGUAUAUCCAGGCUGCUACCUCCCCGAAGGAUGUGGUGAUUCUCGUCGAUGUCAGUGGAAGCAUGAAAGGUCUCAGACUGACCAUCGCGAGACAAACUGUUUCCUCCAUACUGGACACUCUUGGAGAUGACGACUUCUUCAAUAUCAUCGCUUACAAUGAGGAAUUGCAUUAUGUGGAGCCAUGCCUGAAUGGAACGCUGGUCCAAGCUGAUGUUGCCAACAAAGAUCAUUUUCGGGAGCAUCUUGACAAGCUGUUUGCUCAAGGCAUCGGAAUGUUAGACAUGGCUUUAAGUGAGGCCUUCAAUCUUCUCAGUGAGUUUAACGAGACUGGUAGAGGCAGUGAAUGCAGCCAAGCCAUUAUGUUGGUUACUGAUGGAGCAGUGGAUACAUACGAUGCCAUUUUCGCCAAGUACAACUGGCCGGAAAGGAAGGUCCGCAUUUUCCCUUACCUGAUUGGCCGUGAGUCAGCCUUUGCAGAUAAUCUCAAAUGGAUGGCAUGUGCUAACAAAGGUUACUUCACUCAGAUAUCCACACUGGCAGAUGUCCAAGAGAAUGUGAUGGAGUAUCUUCAUGUGCUGAGUCGGCCUAAGGUGAUUGACAGAGAGCAUGAUACAGUUUGGACUGAGGCUUACAUUGAUACCACGCUCCCUCAAGCACAAAAGCUGGAUGAUGGUCAAGGUCCUGUGCUGAUGACCACUGUGGCAAUGCCUGUUUUCAGCACUAAGAAUGAGACUCGGAACCAUGGCAUUUUACUGGGGGUGGUAGGGACAGAUGUCCCUGUCUCAGAGCUGCUCAAAACUAUUCCUAAAUACAAGUUGGGCAUUCAUGGUUAUGCCUUUGCAAUCACCAACAAUGGCUAUAUUCUCACCCACCCAGAUUUGCGUCCCCUUUACGGUGAUGGUAAAAAGCGAAGGAAGCCAAACUAUAGCAGUGUGGAUCUGUCUGAGGUAGAAUGGGAGGACAAGGAUGACAUGCUUAGGAACGCCAUGGUCAACAGGAAGACGGGAACAUUCUCAAUGGAGGUGAAAAAGAGUGUCGACAAAGGGAGGCGUGUACUGGUGUUACACAAUGAUUACUACUACACUGAUAUCCAGGGUACUCCUUUCAGCCUUGGAGUAGCACUUUCAAGAGGCCACGGCAAGUUCUUCUUCACAGGAAAUGUCACCGUGGAAGAAGGUCUUCACGACUUAGAGCAUCCUGACGUGGCCCUUGCAGAUGAAUGGACAUAUUGCAAUACAGAUGAUCACCCAGAGCACCGCUACUUGACCCAGAUAGAGGCAAUCAAACUCUACCUCAGUGGACAUGAGCCCCAACUACAAUGUGAUAAAGAAUUGAUUCAAGAGGUCCUUUUUGACGCAGUGGUUACUGCUCCACUGGAGGCCUAUUGGACAAGCUUGGUUCUCAAUAAGUCUGAGAAUUCUGACAAAGGGGUUGAGAUUGCCUAUCUUGGCACAAGGACAGGCCUGUCCAGAAUCAACCUGUUUGUGGUACCUGACAAGCUUACAAACCAAGACUUCCUGACUGCUGAGGACAAAGAAGGGGUGUUCAAUGCAGACCACUUCCCACUGUGGUACAAAAGGGCAGCAGAACAAGUUCCUGGCACCUUUGUCUACUCACUGCCCUUUAAUACAGGAUCAGAAAACAAGAGUGUUGUGUUAGCCAGCACAGCCAUUCAUCUCUUGGAUGAGAGGAAAUCACCCAUAGCUGCGGCCGUUGGCAUUCAAAUGAAACUGGACUUCUUUCAGAGGAAAUUCUGGACAGCCAGUAGACAGUGUGCUGCUCUGGAUGGAAAAUGUUCCAUAAGUUGUGACGAUGAGAACAUUAACUGCUACCUCAUCGACAACAACGGCUUCAUUCUGGUGGCAGAGGAUUAUGCUCUGACAGGGAACUUUUUUGGAGAAGCCGAGGGGGCUGUAAUGACUAAGCUCCUGCAGAUGGGCUCUUUCAAAAGGGUGACUCUUUACGACUACCAGGCUCUGUGCUGGGUCUAUUCAGAAAGUAGUGACAGUGGAAACACAUUGUUGGAUCCUUGCUUUGCCUUUCUCUCAGCUGUGAAGUGGCUCCUUACAGAGCUUGUCAUAUUUAUGGUCGAGUUCAACCUGUACAGCUGGUGGCAGUCUGACCUGACUGCAAAAGCUCAGAGGAUGGGCCGAACCAUGCAAGUACCAUGUGACACUGAGUACCCGGCCUUUGUCUCGGAGAGAACCAUCAAAGAAAACACUGGGAAUGUCGACUGUGACGGCUGCAUCAAGUCCUUUGUAAUUCAGCAGAUCCCCAGCAGUAAUCUCUUCAUGGUGGUGGUGGACAACAAGUGUGAUUGCAGCAUGUUUGAACCUAUCACCAUGGAUCCUGUGGAAAUUAUGUAUAAUGAGUCCCUAAAGUGUGAGAGACUGAAGAUGCAAAAGGACAGGCGGCGCCCUGAUACCUGUCACCCGUUCCACCCAGAGGAGAACUCAAUGGAGUGUGGAGGAGCUCAAACUCUCACACCGUCAUUUUCUGCAUCACUGCUUUGCAUCCUCCUGGCGCUGUUCCCCAGGUGACAAAGCUGCCUGCAUCUUUCCAUCUAUCCAUACAUACAUCCAGAACUUUCUGUCAGAUCAAUUUGGCAGGUAAAGCUAUCUCAAAGAAGUCACACAAAAGAAACAAUCUGAGGUAAGAAACACUCCUUGUGUUCCAAUUCUAGCACCUGUCACCAAUUUAAAGGUCCUUUCCUAAAUUGCCUGCUGACAGCACAACUGAGAGUUCCAAUGUAUGUGAUCACUAAGGUGCUAUAGCAAUGUUACAUGCACUCGACCUUUGAUUUUUUUUUUUGAUCGAUCAGAUUUUACCUUAAUGACAAAUGGUCUCACUCACUCUCCCAAGUAAGCGUUCAAGCCACGGAAGUCCCAUUAGCAGAAAGAAUGGUGCACCUUCUUUUUGUACUGACUUUUCAUGGACAAUCUCAUUUUGAAGAUUUAAAAAAGAUGAAGAUGAAACUAUAGUAAAGCAAUGUUUAAGCAUAUUAGGUUUUUUAACCAAAUCUUCAACUUCUCAAUUUUUGUAAUGAAGUAUAUGUGUGUGUAUACUGUAUAUACAGUAUAUACUGUAUAUGUACACACUGCAUACACAUGUAUGUAUGUAUAAGUUUUAUCUGUACAGCAUAUGACUGAAAAGUUGAGGAGUUUGACAUUUAAUUUACAAGUGGUAUCCAUAAACUGUGACUAUGAGAUUUUAAGUCCUCUGAUGUGGGUAGUUGUUAAAGUUUAAGCCUUGCCUUACUCAUCAGUAUUGGUCCUGUUUGUGUACUUUUUGAAAACAAAAAUAAAAACAUAUUUAAAAGUGGAAAAAGAACUGUAAUGUUACGUUUGUCUCCCAAAGUUAGAGGCAGCUUUUCAUUGGGUUUUACGUGUUUUAUUCUUUUUGUUCUUUGAUUUUCGGUCAGCAUAUGAACAAAAAUGCGGCAGGCCUGUUUGUGUGUGAGUCUCUUGGGGUCUGGGGUGGGUGUGCAUGUGUGUGUUUUCAUUCAUCUGUUAUUUUGUCCUUUUGUCCUUUUACGUACACUAUACACCUCUAACCAAGAACUCUUUCACCGACAAAGAAAAGGAUAAAAGCCAUGAAGCCAUUGAAAUCAACAGCAAGCCAAUGAAUUCAACAGCAACACACAUCUGCAAACGUUCAGCAAAUAGACACAAACAAUCCUUUGAUAUUGAUUUUCAGGCCAUAUGCUCACAUGCAUGCAAAAGGAUUUCAUGGCAAGUUGGGUCAAUCUUAUUGUGUUUGUGCAAACAAAGUAGUACAAGAAAUAAUAAACCACAGAGGUUCUGUGAAAGUAUCCCAGGCGCCUCAUCUAUGGUUGUCAACAUGAAGGUCCCCAUGAUCACAUUCGUCAUCUCCUUCGGCACCUCUGACCCAGUCACCUCAGCGGGCCACCCUACUUUGACAAAGUAAAGCUCGCUCUUCUUGCAAGUCUGAUUUUUCUUGUACUGUUUGAACAAUUCUGUCCCUUGAGCAGAGCAAUGUGACUGUAAUCACUCCCAGUUCAUCCUGUUCUUCCUCGUUCAAUGCUCCAAAGACUCCCUGACUAGCUGCUAGGUCAUUUAUCACUCCAUAAUGGGCUGAGAGCUGUUUGGGGUCAACACACAUUGAAUCCGGUCUGUGAUUCCUUCCCGGUUGCCAGAUGAGUUAUACGAAAGUGUGUUGCAACACGACAUGGGAGGAUAGGUAGACUUAUGGAAAGCAAUCUUUUCCCUGGGGACUCUGCCACAACCACAGAUCUGCUGCUAUCCUUAUGAUUGUGUGAGUGAUAAAUGGUCAUCACCAUUUCCUUUAUGCCCUUCAUACAUCUAGGCUAUAGGGUCAUUUUUUUCCUCUUAGUGUCUUGAAGAUGUAUUUAGGUAAUAUUUGGCUCUUGAGGUCAGCAGUCAUUGGUGUUGAUUUAUUCAAAAGAUGUUUGGGUUAAGGUCAAGCUGAUGUGCCACAACAAAGUCAUUCAUCCAUGUACAGUUGUGCUUAAAAUUAUUCAACCCACAUUGCAGUAAGGUUUUAGUAUUACAUUUAUUAUUUUUACGACCCCAAUUCCAAUGAAGAUGGGCCAGUGUUUUAAAUAAAACUAAACAAACAAAAUACAACAUUUGAUUCAAUAUUUUUGUUGUUGUUUAGCCUAUAUUUAAUGGAAUACACUAUAAAAAAAACAAGGCAUUUAAUGUUCAAACUGAUAAAUUGCGGAAUCGUUGUACUACUUUCCCAUUCUUGCUUGAUGUAAAGCUUCAGCUGUUCAACAGUCCAGGGUCUCCGUUGUCAUAUUAUAUGGUUCAUAAUGUGCCACACAUUUUCAAAGGAAGACAGCAGGCUGGUCAGUCUAGAUCACUUACUCUUUAAACCACGUAGCAACACGUGCAGAAUGUGGUUUG